AUGGCAAGCCCACAUCCUUCGUAUUCCAGCCCAGGACCAUCGUCCUUUUACCAUACCCCUCCUCAAUAUCCAUAUGGUAAUGGUCCCCCCGGCCCCGCACCUUACUAUCAGUAUCCCAUGCCUCCCAUGAACGGUCAUGCCUCUCCGAUGCACCCUCCGAGCUCUCCGAGAGCGAAUGCCGUUGGUCGGGGAAGAUUUAAUCCACAAAGAGGAGGCGUCCAUCAUUACCAACAACAUUUUCUGCCAGUAGCAGCUCCACAUGGUAUACAUCCCUCUGCGGCCGCGUUGUCGCCACCAGUGUCGCCAGUCAAUAAUUACUCUUAUCCUCAAAAAUACUCGCCGCACAUGUCACAUUUAUCGUUCACGCCCCCAUAUCCCCCUCAACCAAAUAGUCCUUUUCCAUCCGCGUGGCCCGCACAGCCUUUGUCGCCUUUGCCAAAACAGCUGUCCAUGCCUCCUCCUGUAUUACCACAGCCACCUCUUGCUCAACCUGCCAGCCAGGAGAUGCCAGAAUUCGUCGUUGCGUCUCCAGGUGUGCCCAGCUCUACGCUGUCUCCGUUAUCAGCUCAGCGACCAUUGUCGCCUCAGCCUGAUCCUCCUGAACUAUAUGGCGAUCGAUCCCCCACAUCACCACACACUCUUCAUGAGUCUCCUCAGAUUCCUCAGACCUCUCCACAAUCUAUUGGUGACGUUGUCACUGCUCCUUCUCCUUCUCCUGCUCCUGCUGGAUGGGUGAUCUGGUCCAGACGCCCUGAGGAUCCUUCACAAGCACCAGGAGUGAUCAUUUCGACCGGGGCGUAUCCCCCAGAAGAUAUCGUUCACAAAGCUCUAAAUGUAUCUACGCCACCCCUCUCACCCAAGCCUAAGAAAGUGGAGAUCUUCCCAACGUGUGAUAUCAUUCCAGAUGUCUCCCAGGUUGCAGAUGAGGCUGAUGUGACAUCUUCAUCGGCCACUGAGACCACACCUGCAUCGUCUACUCCGGGUGACACACCGACGCCGGGUUCCCCAGCAUCUUCGCAUACGUCUGUUUCACUCCAUGUUGCCUCUCCUCCCGCGGACAUGGACACCAAAAUCGCGGGCUCUCCCAAAGUGAACAAAACGGAAGAAGCGGACAUAAACCUGGGGGCUUCAUCAUCGCCUCAGAGCUUGCCCCCUACCGACGUGGAGGCUCGUCCAGCAGCAGAGCCCGAGGUCGUUGCUACCAUACCGUCUCCUGUACCUACAUCAACGCCAGUCCCUUUAAAAAAAUCAUGGGCUUCCCUCUUACAAUCUGGUUCUGCAGCUUCGUCAUCCAAAUCCCGUCUUCCGAUUUCUUCUGUCACUGGUUUUUCCAUCCCUGCCACUGCCAUGUCGGGUGUUGGAGUCGGUGGGACGGGAUCAUCCGUUCUCUUCCCUCAGCGUAAUGAGCUCCUGAACUUGUUGAGCAGUGGACCCUCGGGACCUGCCGCACCUCUCAAAAUUCAGCCUCGUGGUCUCGUUAAUACUGGUAACAUGUGCUUUGCGAAUGCUGUCCUACAAAUUCUGGUGUAUUGUCCGCCUUUCCACAGGCUCCUCACGGAGCUCAGCAAGUACCUCUCUGGACCAGUGGUUGGGCCACAGAAGGAGGGCACCAGAGCUACACCAUUAAUAGAUGCGACGAUCCAAUUCAUGAAAGAAUUCGUCCCAGAGAGUAGCCUAGACAAGAAGGCUAAGGGUAAGGAACGCGACGAUGAUUUCUACGAGCCGGAAUCUUUCAUUCCGACAUAUGUAUACGAUGCAAUGAAGGAAAAGAAGCGCUUUGCUAGCAUGAUCGGCGGUCACCAAGAAGAUGCGGAAGAGUUCUUGGGGUUCUACUUAGACACGCUCGAAGAAGAACUUCUGUCACUCUCGUCAUCUCUCUUAUCUAAGACCCCGCCUAAGGUAGAUGAAGAGCCAGUACCGCAACAAGAUGACGGUUGGUAUGAGGUUGGCAAAAAGAAUAGGUCUGUCGUCACGCGAACGACUAAAUCGACCGAAUCAUCCAUUACCCGAAUCUUCGGAGGGAAGUUUCGCUCGACGCUUCGCGCGCCACAUCAGAAAGACUCUAUCACUGUUGAGGACUGGCGGUCCUUGCGCUUGGAUAUUCAACGAGAACAAGUACAUUCUAUCAAAGAUGCGUUACAGCAUAUAUCGCAUCCUCAACCUGUCCAAAUCAGCCAACCGACUCGCCCCGGUGUUGUUGUUGAAGCGGCUCAACAAGCACUUAUCGAGGCACUUCCUUCCGUCCUAAUACUACACUUAAAACGUUUCCUGUACGAUACCAACGUCGGAGACGUUGUAAAGAUCGGAAAACAGGUUACAUACGGUCCAGAGUUAGACAUCAGCCCUGACCUCAUGGCACCCACACGGCGAACAACAUAUCCUAUCAAGUACCAAUUAUUCGGAGUCUUAUACCAUCAUGGAUCAUCUGCAUCUGGAGGACACUAUACCCUUGAUGUUCUUCAUCCUAACCGCGAUCUUAGUGACAGGCCUCGCUCGGCCUGGAUACGAAUAGACGACGAGCUAGUUUCCGAUAUUCGACCAGACGACGUCUUUGGUAGUUCAGACAGAGACGACCGUUGUGCAUACCUAUUGUUCUAUCGGAGAGUGGGUAGUUGGGGUGCAGCACGGACAUAA